AUGACUGGGUGGGGAUUUGCACAAGAGCUCGAUCGCAACGUCCGCGGACACAAGCUGGAGGAUCGGCAUAAGAAAACCAUCCAAGCCGCUGCCGCCAUCGCAGACCAAGUCAGAUGGACUACAUCGCAGAUGAAGCCAGAGUACUGGCCUGACAAGGAGACAUUAGUAGCAAAGCAGUUUCUGAUGUCUAAUCUGGUGCAGCUCCAUUUGGUUUGCUACGAACCUCUGGAAGAGAUUCGAAAACACAUCAUCAAAAAGUUUAGAAAGGCAUGUUGGCAAAUGCCGCAACAAGCCCGAGACGAUGAAUCCCCAGUUGAGAGCCCCCUACCACCCGAUGAGGAGAAACAGAAGAAGCCAACCGACAAGUUCUCAAAGGACGAGGACUUCCGCAAAGAUCGACAGGAAAAGAUCAUGGCCAACCAGGGCGCAUACUUCGAUUACUUCGAGAAUGAUGGAGGUGACGAAGCGUUCACUUGGGGAGACGCGAUAAGAUCAGCCCUCAGGACGUGUGAUGCCGCCUACUUUGAAAUCGAUCGUCAUCACAGACUGCUCAAACAGCCGGAGAAGAAGUCGGGUUGGCGUUUGGACCGAAUGGAUGUUUUAUCCAAGAGGAGAGGCAUGCCGACCCGUUCAAAUCAGGAGUUGUUGAUCGAACUCGCUCUCAAUCAUGAGUUCGGAGGUCCUCCGUCUCCAAUCAGCUGGACAAUAAUGGCCAACUGGAAGACCGGAAACGACGUUCAGCGCGCUCUCAACAUCCACUUGGGGCGUUUCAUAAAGCAAGAACCUGACGGCGGCGCACCUACCGAGACACGUCACUGGACUACCGACUUCGCGCGCAAGUACAACGAUCCCCAUGCUGCCGAGCCUGCGAUGUUCUUCAUUUGCACGCACGAGUACAUCCGGCCAAAUCCCGCGCAGCCAAUCACAAAGUGGAUUGUUGGAGGCACCACGCCGCUUACAGGAGGAACAACGGUCUGGUUUCCUUGGGCUGACAAGUUUUACAAGGCUGUCAGAGAGCAAGGUCUUGGUAGCGACUUCGUUGCGAAGGUGAAGGCGGCCAAUGACGCGCAGAAAGAACAUGAACAACGACUGCUUGGCGACACGACAGACCUAACUAAGGAUCAACUAUUCGAGCAGAACCUGUCUGCUCGAAAAGUCGUCAUCGGCCAAUUGACGAACGACUCAACCCAUCAGAGGUACGUGGCUCGGAUUCGCUGCCAGGGCCUAGCGAUCAACAGUUUCAUGCAGCCAGUCCAAUGCUGUUAUCGUUGCCAAUGCAACUACCAGUACACAGUACUGAGCACACACAUGACACCAUCUACAGACUACGAGCCGACUAUCGAUCACUUGAAGAAAUACGACUGGGGCAGGCAUUGCCCAUGGUUUCAUCAGUGCGCCGAGGCACUUGCAGCCUGUCAGUGCUUCGCCUUCGAUGAUGCACAGAACGACGCCAACCGACCCCAAUCUCCCAGAGUGGCCGAGCUGAAAGGAAAGUCUCUCAAGAAAAAGAAGAGCACCCACCUUUUUUAG